GGCCUAGCUCCCAAAAGCUAACCACGUUGCCCGGGUAUUGCCAGCAACUGGAUUCCAUGUUGGGAUUUUACCGAGGUGUUUCGUGCUUGAGUCUGGAGUCCGUCAAAGGAUUACCACUGGAUCAAGCAAAAUCCCUCGAGUCCGUCAAAGAGUUUCUGAUGGAGCAGAAAAGCCAAGGAAAGUUCAAACCAACUUUCCGUUGUGGUUUGUAAACUAUUAUAGCGGCCUAUGCCCCAAAUUCAAGAAAUAUAUCUUUUCCCAAUCCUUCAGCAGGGCCAUGCGCCCUGGAUCUAGGCGGACCCUACUACGCCCACUCAUUAUGGGCUAAGGCCGCCCAUAACUGAAGAACCAAAAAUGGCUACUAAGUCAGAGGUUUCAAGAUUUUUUAUAUCAUCCCAAACACGCAUGAACGAACUCAUCUUAUCAGUGCUGGUGCAUUGCCGGGCUGGUGGCACCUAAGUCCGAUUCAUCAUCACUGAGAUGACCAUCCUGUGUCUCGUAGUGGCCUAAAGAAGCAGUUGGUUUGAUAAGGGUUGAUUGUAAUCAAACAAGAUGAAACCUGAACGCUUCUGAAUCCUUGAAGACUAAGUAUCUGACCUUGUAAUAAUAGGGCCCUCUUCAUGAGAACACUCGUGGGCCAUGGCUGCACUGAUGAUCCUACUUGCUUUAAAAAAUGUUCUAAGUUUCAUAAUUUGCCACCCGAUUUGGGAAGACAUCAUCCCUUGCUGACAUCAUGUGUUGGUGUUCUAACGCUUGAACCUUGCCGACAUCAUCCCUUGCUGACCUGACUCCUGAGCAGAAGAGGCCAAAACCGCAGUGGGCAGGGGUGGAUAGGCAAACGUAUAUACACGGGAUCCCCUGUCAAGACAAAGUUCAGACAUGAGCUUGCGUCUAAACAAAGUUUAGACAUGGACCCUUUGGGCAUAUAUAUAUAUAAUUACAUACGUUCUUGGUUUUGAAUUUGAUAUACGUGGCGCCCGAGUUUCUUUUUGAAACAACUUUGUUGACCAAUCGAAUUACUAGCAGAACCAUGUUGCAAACCCAGUUCAAGAACAACUUAUUUAUCAUGAAGAACAAAUCAUACAUAUACUGUAUAUCCCCACGUGUGUUCCUUUAACCCAGUGAUUUUUUCAAACCGAAAUUUAUUUUUGAAACAAAACGAGAAAAACCAAGCUAUCAACUGCCAGGCCAUCGUGUUGCAGAAAUGCGAUUGAGGUACCACGUUUGCACCACGCCCGCGGCUGUGGAGGACAUCCAGUCUGCGGAUGUCAAGCAGAGCGAAGUUACUGUGCGAUGGGUUCCGCCCAAGAAUGACCAUGGAGCACAGGUCAUUGGCUAUCAGAUCUCCAUCCUUUUGGAUCCGAAACCCAACGAGCCGCCUCAGUGGUAUAGGCUCUGCGAGUGUACCAAGAGCAAAACGCCUGUGUAUGUGGUGGCCAAUCUCAAGGGCAACACCGCGUAUUUGUUGGACAUUCGGGCGGUGAACAAAGUGGGUGCGGGCGACGCACACGAAUUUCAGAUCACCACAGCACCUGUGGCGCCAGAUCCCCCGUCAAAGCCAUGGGUGGAGGAGGCGCGAGAUGGAUGCUUGAACGUGGCAUGGUAUUCGCCUGAAAACGACGGCGGGAUGCCAAUCACCGCCUACAGGAUCAAAAUGCGAAAGAUCCUGGGUGCCUCGCGUUGGAACUCCUUCGGUCCAGGUGAAACCGCUGCCAGCUGGGUCGAGAUGGGUUCCGUGUUGGCCGCAGGCGAUGCGUCCAUGUACAAUGCCUGGGUUGGCCCGCUGGAAGUCGGAGC